UCCCGCAGCAUGCCAGCCCGCGCCCCUCCUCGCCGCCUGCCGCGGCUGCUCCGUUUGCUGUCGCUGCAUCUGCUGCUGCUCGCCCUGCGCGCCCGCUGCCUGAGUGCUGAGCCGGGUCAGGGCGCGCAGACCUGGGCUCGCUUUGCGCGCCCUCCUGCCCCGGAGGCCGCUGGCCUCCUCCACGACACCUUCCCCGACGGUUUCCUCUGGGCAGUAGGCAGCGCCGCCUACCAGAUCGAAGGCGGCUGGCGACAGCACGGCAAAGGCGCGUCCAUCUGGGACACUUUCACCCAUCACUCUCUGGCCACCCCAGGCGACUCCCCGAUCGUCGUGGAGCCGUCGGGUGCCUCGUCGCCUCCCCUGCCCUCCACUGGAGAUGUGGCCAGCGACAGUUACAACAACGUCUACCGCGACACAGAGGGGCUGCGCGAACUGGGGGUCACCCACUACCGCUUCUCCAUAUCGUGGGCGCGGGUGCUCCCCAAUGGCACGGCGGGCACCCCCAACCGCGAGGGGUUGCGCUACUACCGGCGGCUGCUGGAGCGGCUGCGGGAGCUAGGCGUGCAGCCGGUGGUCACCCUGUAUCACUGGGACCUGCCACAGCGCCUGCAGGACACCUAUGGCGGCUGGGCCAAUCGCGCCCUGGCCAACCAUUUCAGGGAUUAUGCCGAGCUCUGCUUCCGCCACUUCGGUGACCAGGUCAAGUACUGGAUCACCAUUGACAACCCCUACGUGGUGGCCUGGCACGGGUACGCCACCGGGCGUCUGGCCCCGGGCGUGCGGGGCAGCUCCAGGCUUGGGUACCUGGUUGCUCACAACCUACUCUUGGCUCAUGCCAAAAUCUGGCAUCUCUACAAUACUUCUUUCCGCCCCACUCAGGGAGGCCUGGUGUCUAUCGCCUUAAGCUCCCAUUGGAUCAAUCCUCGAAGAAUGACCGACCAUAACAUCAGAGAAUGCCAGAAGUCUCUUGACUUUGUGCUAGGCUGGUUUGCCAAACCCAUAUUUAUCGAUGGCGACUACCCAGAGAGCAUGAAGAGCAACCUCUCGUCUCUUCUGCCCGUCGUUACCGAGUCUGAGAAGAGGUUCAUCAGAGGAACUGCUGACUUUUUCGCUCUCUCCUUUGGACCAACCUUGAGCUUUCAGCUAUUGGACCCUAACAUGAAGUUCCGCCAACUGGAGUCUCCCAGCCUGAGGCAGCUUCUGUCUUGGAUAGAUCUGGAAUAUAACCACCCUCAAAUAUUUAUUGUGGAAAAUGGCUGGUUUGUCUCGGGGACCACCAAAAGAGACGAUGCCAAAUAUAUGUAUUACCUCAAGAAGUUCAUAAUGGAAACCUUAAAAGCCAUCAGACUGGAUGGGGUCAACGUUAUUGGGUACACCGCGUGGUCCCUCAUGGAUGGCUUUGAGUGGCACAGGGGCUACAGCAUCCGGCGAGGACUCUUCUAUGUCGACUUUCUGAGUCAGGAGAAGGAGCUGUUGCCUAAGUCUUCGGCCUUGUUCUACCAAAAGCUGAUAGAGAAUAAUGGCUUCCCUCCUUUACCUGAAAACCAGCCCCUUGAAGGGACAUUUCCCUGUGACUUUGCUUGGGGAAUUGUUGACAACUACAUUCAAGUGGACACCACUCUCUCUCAGUUUACUGACCCGAAUGUCUAUCUGUGGGAUGUGCAUCACAGUAAGAGACUUAUUAAAGUAGACGGGGUUGUAGCCAAGAAGAGAAAACCUUACUGUGUUGAUUUCUCCGCAAUCCGGCCUCAGAUAGCCUUACUUCGAGAAAUGCGGGUCACCCACUUUCGCUUCUCCCUGGACUGGGCCCUGAUCUUACCUUUGGGUAACCAGACCCAAGUGAACCACACGGUGCUGCACUUCUACCGCUGCAUGGUCAGCGAGCUGGUGCACGCCAACAUCACUCCAGUGGUGGCCCUGUGGCAACCAGCAGUCCCGCACCAAGGCCUGCCACAUGCCCUUGCAAAACAUGGAGCCUGGGAGAACCCGCACACUGCCCUGGCGUUUGCAGACUACGCAAACCUGUGCUUUAAAGAGCUGGGCCACUGGGUCAAGUUCUGGAUCACCAUGAACGAGCCAAACACAAGGAACAUGACCUACCGUGCCGGACACCACCUUCUGAAAGCUCAUGCCUUGGCUUGGCACCUGUACGAUGACAAGUUUAGGGCGGCUCAGAAAGGCAAAAUAUCCAUCGCCUUGCAGGCUGACUGGAUCGAACCGGCCUGCCCUUUCUCUCAAAAGGACAAAGAAGUGGCCGAGAGAGUUUUGGAAUUUGAUAUAGGCUGGUUGGCAGAGCCUAUUUUCGGCUCCGGAGAUUAUCCACGAGUGAUGAGGGACUGGCUGAACCAAAAAAACAAUUUUCUUUUGCCCUAUUUCACCGACGAGGAAAAAAAGCUAAUCCAGGGUUCUUUUGACUUCCUGGCGGUGAGCCAUUACACCACCAUCCUGGUAGACUGGGAAAAGGAGGAUCCGAUGAAAUACAACGAUUACCUGGAGGUGCAGGAGAUGACUGACAUCACAUGGCUCAACUCUCCCAGUCAGGUGGCAGUGGUGCCUUGGGGGCUGCGCAAAGUGCUCAACUGGCUAAGGUUCAAGUACGGAGACCUCCCGAUGUAUGUGACAGCCAAUGGCAUCGAUGACGAUCCCCACGCCGAGCAAGACUCACUGAGGAUGUAUUAUAUUAAGAAUUACGUGAAUGAGGCUCUGAAAGCCUAUGUGUUGGACAACAUCAACCUUUGUGGCUACUUUGCAUAUUCACUUAGUGAUCGCUCAGCUCCCAAGUCUGGCUUUUAUCGAUAUGCUGCGAGUCAGUUCGAGCCCAAACCGUCUAUGAAACAUUACAGGAAAAUUAUUGACAACAAUGGCUUCCUGGGUUCUGGAACACUGGGAAGGUUUUGCCCAGAAGAAUACACCGUGUGCACCGAAUGCGGCUUUUUUCAAACCCGGAAGUCUUUGCUGGUCUUCAUCUCGUUUCUUGUUUUUGCUUUUAUUAUUUCUCUCGGUCUUAUCUUUCAUUACUCCAAGAAAGGCAAGAGAAGUUACAAGUAG